GGGGGGGACCUCCUAGCUAUUCAGCAGCACAGAGGAGAGGAGGAGCACGCCCGCACACCUGCCCACCGCCACAUUCCAUCCCCACACUCAAAUAGACAGCACCAGGGGAAGGCGAUUGCCAGAUAAGUAAUGUCCAGUUCUUAGCCCAUAUUCCAAUCCCUGCCAGGAUGUCUCUGGACCGUAUAAACCGUUCAAGGGGAAACACUUUUGUUUAUUCAGAUGGCCCCACAGAUCAGCCAUUCGAUGGAGAGAUCAGUAAGGAAGAGAUGCGGAUUCUCAAGGUGUGCUUUCAUAGCAAUAGCUCCAACCUCAUGAAGAACUUCAAGCUUGUCAAGUGCAGCAUCUUCACAGACAUACGGGAGAUCAUCAGUUCCAUCCUCCUGAGCGGCCGGAUCGGUCCAGACAUCCAACAUGUGGAGUGUUACGGCCUGCGGCUCAAGCACCUGAAAUCUGAUGAGAUCCACUGGCUUCACCCCGACCUGACAGUAGGAGAGGUGCAGGAAAAGUACGAGUGUCUCCAUCUAGAGGCAGAGUGGAGAUAUGAUCUCAGGAUCCGCUAUCUGCCAGAUAAUUACAUAGAAAGCUUCAAGAAGGACAAGACGACGUUACUUUACUUUUACCAGCAGCUGAGGAACGACUACAUGCAGCAAUACGCUACCAAGGUCAGCGAAGGCAUGGCGCUCCAGCUGGGCUGUCUGGAACUCAGGCGAUUCUACAAGGACAUGCCUCACAACGCCCUGGAGAAGAGAUCCAACUUUGACUUUUUGGAGAAAGAAGUGGGCCUCGACCUAUUCUUCCCCAGACAGAUGCAGGAAAGCCUUAAGCCCAAGCAGUUCCGGAAGAUGAUCCAGCAGACUUUCCAGCAGUACGGCUCCUUGAGGGAGGAGGAAUGUAUCAUGCGCUUCCUGAACACCCUCUCCAGCUUCACCUCCAUCGAUCAGGAGACCUACAGAUGUGAACUUGCGCAAGGAUGGAGCAUCAUGGUGGACAUGGUUAUAGGACCAAAGGGAAUACGACAACUUACCACCAAGGACUCCAAGACAACGUGCUUCGCCGAGUUCAAACAGAUCAAAUCUAUCAAGUGCUCCUUACUGGAGGACGGACGGGCAUUGCUAUUACUGGGGAUAUCCGGCGCCCCCCAGCCGCUGGCUAUCAAAACGGCAUCGUUGGCGGUGGCAGAAAACAUGGCCGACCUUAUCGAUGGGUACUGCCGGCUACAGAACGAGUCUCAGGAAUCCCUCAUCUUCUAUCCCGGGAAAGAAAAUGACAAACGGAUCAGUCUGCCUAGAAUCCCAACCCAGGACGUUCCGGAGAGAAGGUCGAGGCUGGAAGAAGGCAGCAGCUUCGAGUCUGAUAUAUACGCCGAGAUACCGGAGGAGUCAGAGCAGAGGUCUGGAGGUCCGCGCUAUACCAUGUGCCGAGAUGAUGUAGUGUUGGGACGGAUCCUUGGCGAAGGCUUUUUCGGAGAAGUCUACGAUGGAGUAUAUAAGAAUGAGCUUAAAGGAGAGAAGGUGAACGUCGCUGUGAAGACGUGUAAGAAGGACUGCGCCCCGGACGUCAAGGAAAAGUUCAUGAGUGAAGCCUAUCUGAUGAGGAACUUGGAUCAUCCACACAUUGUGAAGUUGAUCGGAAUUAUUGAAGAAGACCCCAUCUGGAUAGUGAUGGAGCUCUACGCAUUCGGGGAGCUUGGGCAGUAUCUGGAGAAGCACAAGACCACCCUGCAGGUCCUCAGCAUGAUCCUGUACUCACUGCAGAUCUGUAAGGCUCUGGCCUAUCUGGAAGGAAUUAACUGUGUCCACAGGGACAUUGCAGUCAGGAACAUACUCGUGGCUUCUCAUGAGUGCGUGAAGUUAGGAGAUUUUGGACUCUCCAGGUACAUAGAAGAAGAGGAGUAUUAUAAAGCCUCUGUGACCCGUCUCCCUAUCAAGUGGAUGGCUCCAGAAUCGAUAAACUUCCGGCGCUUUACCUCAGCCAGCGAUGUCUGGAUGUUUGGAGUUUGUAUGUGGGAGAUCUUGUCCUAUGGCAAGCAGCCUUUCUUCUGGCUGGAGAACAAAGAUGUGAUCAGCGUCAUCGAGAAAGGAGAUCGACUUCCAAAGCCAGAGGUGUGUCCUCCGACUCUCUACACACUAAUGACACGAUGCUGGACCUACGACUCUUUUGAAAGACCCAAAUUCACAGAGCUGGCCUGCAGCUUAAGUGAUAUCUAUCAGACAGAAAAAGAAAUUGUAAAGGACAAGGAAAGAAAUAACCGGCAACGUCCUCCUCCUAAAAUCAUUGAACCGGUUCCUGCACAGGAGCCUCCACCGAAGGUAACUCCUUCUAAUAGGCCCCCCCAGCGCGCUUCGCACCUCCCUCCUCCUUGCCAGUAUCAAGUGCCCGAGAGUCUGUGUGCCAGCUCACCCAUACUUUGUAGCCCAACAGAAUACCAGUCUCCAAUCGACUCCACGCGUAGUCCACCGCUCCUGCGUCAUAGCAUCAUCAAACGUCGCAGUAUGCGGGAGGAGGAUUUUCUUAAGCCUAACAGUCGUGAGGAAGCCCAGAAAAUAUGGGAGAAAGAACGGGCAAAGAUGCUGCAGGUCAUGAAUCGUCAGCAGCAGCAAAUGAUGGAGGACAACAAAUGGCUAAAACAAGAAGAAAGGUCCCUCGCCAAUACCCUCAAGGAUCCAAAGCAGCAAGUCAAUGACAAGGCUCUUGAUGUACCACUUCCAGAGAAAGACAAUGCAUACACUGAAUUUACGGUUCCUCCGCAGAAACCUCCAAGGCUUAUCGCACAGGCUCUUCAACCGACUCCGACAGCCAACAUUGAUCGUACAGAUGACAACGUUUAUCAGAGUGUGAUGGAGCUGGUGAAAUCAGUGCUUCAACUAAAGAAUGACAUCUACCAAUUGCCUCCUGAGGGAUACGUCAAUGUAGUUAAGAAUGUUGGGUUGACUCUCCGGAAGCUCAUUGGGAGUGUCGAUGAUAUCCUUCCGUCAUUACCUGCAUCUUCUCGUACAGAGAUUGAAGGAACACAGAAACUCUUGAGCAAAGACUUGGCCGACCUGAUCAAUAAGAUGCGUUUAGCCCAGCAGAAUGCGGUGACUUCUCUUAGCGAAGAAUGUAAAAAACAGAUGUUAACAGCCUCUCACGCAUUGGCCGUGGAUGCCAAAAACCUGCUGGAUUCUGUGGACCAAGCACGAGUCAGAGCCAACCUUGCCAAACUGGCUACAGAGUGACAAUCUAACGGAUUGCAGAUAUGACUUGAAAUGCUCAAAAACUGUGGUCAUAUAGACAGCAAGUGCUGCUAAGUAACUGAAACCAUGGACUGGACCAAAAAGUCUAUCAGAAGUAUAAGGAAAAACGAAGUUACUUUACUAAUGGAUGACAAUCUACGGUUUUAGAGAUCUAUUUAUUUUGCAAAUACGUUUUCAAGAUCCUUUUUCUGCGGUGGAUUUUUUUUUCUUUAAUUUUUUUUUUAAUUAUGCAGAGAAAAGCUGGACAGAUGGGAUUUUUUAGACUUGGUCAUCCAUGGUGUAUACGACAGAUCAUUGACAGCCGGAAAUCUCAUCUUCCUGGCUACGAAUGUUUUUAUUUUAUUUAUUAUUUUGUUUCGGUUUCCUACAAUUUUUGUAUUUUGCAUUUGCUAAUUGUGUCGUUUGUGUUUGAUAUCGCCUUCAGAUUGGGUGGAGUUCUGUUAUUUCUUUAGGCAAUGCGUUUCAGGUGGCAGCAGUUUAGCAUCUAUAUUUCUGUACAUACCAACUAAAAAGUCGUCUUACUGUUUAAGUAUUUAAGAAAUAAGACGGCAAAGGAAACAAAAAUUUAAAAAUUUUAGCUUGUCGAUACUGAAUUCCUGUUUUAUAGGGCGAUUUUCUAUAGAACGUCAAAUGUUUUAUUAUUUUCGGGCCCUCACCAAAACUUUAUAAAUGUAAAUAUGCCGGACAUAUUCCUUAUAUUUUCCCUGCAUGAGGAUAUAAUCUAUAAGGCCGGGGCUCAAUUACUACUUUUGGUUGUGUGGGUUUCCAAGUACGUUGUGUGACCUUGACAUAUAUCUAUAGAUGAAAAGGUUGAAUGACAACUGCAAAUAUUCCAAUAUGACUGGCAUUUUUUAGAUCAUCAGGAGUCUCUGACUUGUUUCCCCACAGACUUGUAGUUGAGGUCACACAGCAGACAUGUUAACCACCAUUUUACCGCAACCAAAUGUCAACGUGGAGACUUUGCUUAAAUGCUGUAAAUAGAUUCAUGAGAUUUACCUUAAAGGGGUUGGUCACUUUCUGGUCACUGUUGACUAGUGUGUUUGUAAGAUGACCGUAUGGUCCUUACUAAUAUAACCUUUGCUGAAAUUCUGUGCCAUUUUCAAUUUUUUAUAAGGCAUUCCUCCUUGUCUUUUGUGCUGUCCACAACAAAGGUCUUGUCCAAAAAAUGGCUGCUGAUGGAGGAUCAGGCAAAACAUCUCUAUGUGAUGUCUCCUUCAUUCAAAUGCAUUGCACCUUCUAUCUGUGCUUACACUGUUGGGAUUUCAGCGCAAGUCCUGUGUUGAAUGAUGUGUCUGGUCACAUGACCCUCCAUCAAUAGACAUCUUAUGGACAGGACCUCUGUGUGGACAGUAGAGAAGAUUUGUCUAACAAGGGGACAUUGCUUAUGAAAAAAAGCAAAGGACAAAGGGUAUGAACAAAAGCUAUAUUAGUAAGUGCCAUAUAGUCAUCUUAUUGAUCACAAGUACCGAGAAGGUGGCCAACCCCAUUAAAUGAGUUCUCUUUUACUUAGUAUGUAAGGCUUAAAUAAUGGACACAUGGACAGAUAUUGUCAAAAUGAUCCAGCAGCACCUUAGGACAUGACCUAAAAAAUUGUAAGAAUCCCUAGUGGUCAGGAGGCCAACUAUUUUGUUUAAUCUUAAUGCAUGGCCUUUUUCCCUUGAGUCUUUACCUGGACCUUCAUUGGUUGUGGAGUUGCAAUUCAACAAUGGAGAGCAUGAGACCUCAAGUGUAGGGCGUCAAGAUACACCAGAUCUCUCUUCUGUGUCUUCAUUUUGAGGUGUGAUGGUCCUCAUUUACAACUCAUUUACAAAUUUAGAAAAAGUACUUACCUAAAUAAUUUCAUCUGAAAUGCCCAUGCUAAACAGGUUUUUUUAUUAUCCAAAAAGAUGUUGACCUGCACCUACUCCAGAACCUGGUGACUUUUACCCUGGUGUAAAGCAAUGUGAGUAAUGGCUUUCAUGUAGUAAAAGAACCUUAUGGCCUAGCAUUCUAGCUAAUUCAACACUAGAUACAGUCCGGGACUUUUUGCUUUUGGGGAGGAGUUUGCAGUCUGUGCAGAAGAACAGAUCAAUAAAAAAAAAAUAGGUUUUAGGACCCUAAGUUCUCAGGAGACUGAUCUUCAUAUUGGUUCACUCUAAUGCACGGUCUUUGUUUGGACUACACUGCAGCCAAAAGUUUUUCAGUGGUGACCACUGGACUUGCCCUGAGCGAUAUCAUUUUUAGAUUUUCCAUAACAAAUACUUUAACAGCUCCUCUCUACAGGGUCUUCCUACAGAUCUGCAGAGAUUUUAUGGUCUCCAAUGCACCUUCACCACCACCUAAUUGUUGCACUGAUUCAGACUUAAAUAAUGGAGGGCAUGUUCUGCUUUAAAGGGGAAUUCCAUUUUAUUUUUUAAAAUGUAUUUGUUUAUUUAGUAGGAAUCACAUUUUUUUUUUAAUAUACAUGUAUUUAUAAUUCUGCAAACAUACCUUUCCUAUAUCAGGCUGUUGACCCCUAUAUGCAGUAGAAUGGUAUAGCCCAUGUAUAAGUCCUGUGUAAUGCAUCCAUGACACUCUUCACAUCAUAUAAUUCCUGCAUUAUUGGGUGUAUUUACAUGGUUGCCUAUAUCCAGUUUAUUUAUAAACUGGCCGUCUUCUCUAGGUGAUGUGGUAAAAAGGCAGUCUGUCUCUAGGUGAUGUCAUGUUGUUAAUAAAAUUUUUAUGUAAACAACACACAUCUUCUUUUACACAGACACUGGCAGACAUGAUGAGAUGCUGCAGGUAGUAGUACUGUAUAUACUGUGCAUGUUCCGCUCCUCAGUACACUACUAUUCACCUGCUACCUACCUGAACAGUUUACUAAAAUUAAGGUCAUAUGGUACUUGUGAGGGUCACAUGACUGACGCCAUGUUUAUUCCUAUCCAGCUCUCCUAUGGAUGCAUUUGACAGGACUAAAGUGGGCUGUACGGCCUGUACCAUUUUUUUGUCUUUAGGGAGAGGUUGUCAUAUAAUAAUAAAGGUCUGUGAGCAAAAUUUUAAUUAGAUGUAUAUCAUAAAAUUGUUCAACAUCCUUUUCUCUACAUAAAUAAAUGUAAUCAUUAAAACCGGAAUACCUUUUGGAACCUAAAAUGCAUGGAAAAAAAAAAUAAAAAAUAGGCCAAAAUAGUAGUCAGACUAAUCCAGUAGUAGUAGUAGACUACCAGAAUGGUAGAAAUUGGUUUGUUUAGCAUUCAUAGAGAAGAUUGUACAUUUGGAGAAGAGUUCAAAAAGACCAGUAAGGAAGCUAAGGAGGUGCCUUCACAGUCUGCGUCCACUGAAGCUUUGCUGGUCUAGUGAUGGUGGUGGUGGUGCAGUAGUAGACCCAAAGUUAAUGGCCUUAAGAAACAUAAAUACUUAUCUUCUACUCUAUAGUAUGACCUGCAGGACUUGACUUCAGGAUUCUGCUGAAGGUCACUACCAAUAUUUCUUGACCAUUUCCCUAAUGUAAAUUGAUCAGCAGGUCAACUUUAAGGAGUUCAUAAUGGCAGAACAUCGCAAAAUAACAGUUAUUGCUACAAAAACAGCAACAUGAUUGCAACCAUUAGGAUUCUGUCUUACGGGGGUGAGGCAUUGUUUGCUUGCAUGGGGAUCAUUCAUGCUCUGCUGAGAGAAUACAUCUACAGACAUUAGUAUAUAUCUAUGUCAGGUACAGAAGUGCCGCCUCUGCGUCCGUACUUAUCUACUUGGAUAUUUUUGCCUUAUUCGCUGAAUUCCAGAGAAUGCAUUUAAUGCCGCUGUUCAGUCAAAGAACUGGAAUGAUUAAUAAAUCAUCGGAAUCUACGUUGUGUACAUUGAUGAAUAUAAAAAUGAUUUACUGUGA